AUGAUGCCUAGCCAGCGAUUGCAAGGCUGCCGCUCCCUACAUAUAAAUGAAGACAACGGCCGCUUUCUGCUCCUCGCCAUCCUGAUCGUGUUGUACCUGCUGUGCGGCGCCGCGGUGUUCUCCGCCGUCGAGAGACCAUCGGAGCUACAAGCCCACGGCCGCUGGAAUCGGACACUCUACAACUUCAGCGAGACGUUCAACAUUAGCCUGGAGGAUCUCAACUCCUUUCUGCGGGAUUAUGAGGCUGCGAUUGCGACCGGGAUCAGAGCCGAUUCCUUAAGACCGCGAUGGGACUUCACUGGAGCGUUCUACUUUGUCGGAACGGUCGUUUCAACUAUUGGCUUCGGGAUGACCACCCCGGCGACGCUGGCGGGGAAGAUCUUCCUCAUCUUCUACGGGAUGCUGGGCUGCGCGGGCACCAUCCUCUUCUUCAACCUGUUCCUGGAGCGCAUCAUCACGCUGCUGGCCGUGGUGAUGCGGGCGGUGCAGGAGCGCCGGCUCCGGCGGAGCGGCCUGUUCCCGCCCGGCCUGCGCCGCGACUUCGCCGAGUCCUGCCUGCCGGGCUGGAAGCCGUCCGUCUACCACGUGAUGCUGAUCCUGGGCCUGGCCUCCACCGUGCUGUCGUGCUGCGCCUCGGCCAUGUACGCGCCCGUGGAGGGCUGGGCCUACGCCGACUCGCUGUACUACUGCUUCGUCACCUUCAGCACCAUCGGCUUCGGCGACCUGGUGAGCAGCCAGGGCGCGGCCUACGAGCACCAGGGCCUGUACCGGCUGGCCAACUUCCUCUUCAUCCUGUCGGGCGUGUGCUGCAUCUACUCGCUCUUCAACGUCAUCUCCAUCGUCAUCAAGCAGGUGCUCAACUGGAUGCUGGGCAAGAUGAGCUGCCUGUGCUGCCAGCGGUGUAACCGCGCCAACGCCUUCCUGGGCCGCCGCAACGCCAUCCGGCCCGGCGCGCGCGUGAGGCAGGGCCGCCUCGGCCGGCCGCCGGACUCGGACGGGCCCUACGACAGCGACCAGGACGGCCGCCGGCUCUCGGGCGAGAUGAUCUCCAUGCGCGACCUGGCCGCCUCCAACAAGGUGUCGCUGGCCCUCAUGCAGAAGCAGCUGUCCGAGACGGCCAACGGCUACCCCAGGACCGUGUGCGGAGGCUCGCGGCAGAACGGCUUCUCCGGGGGCGUCGGCGCCCUGGGCAUCAUGAACAACCGCCUGGCCGAGACCAGCGACAGCAGGUAGAGCCGGCGGAGGGCGAGGGAGGUCGGGCGCGGAGAGAGAGAGAG